UAAACAUUGUAACACAACUCCGUAGCUGUUAGAGAUAUUUCUCAGUGUUAAUCUCCGUAUCAUAUGAGUUAACUUUCUCGUGUGAUUUUCAGGAGCUCCUACCGUAGAUUAUGAUCGAUUUGCAGCUGGAGGGACAUCUGGCGGUUUGCUUGUAAAGAGACUCUAUACUAGCUUUCUAGAGGUUUUGGAUUGUAGCUGGAAAAACAAAUUAACUCGUCGGUGACGGUCGAAAAUAGUCGUUGCGAUGUUUAUAACAUUUUCUCCGUGUAUAUCAAAAGAAGGAACUGCUUAUGCGGUAAAAAUUGAACCUGCUGUGAAGGAAAAUCAUGCACUAAAAUCGAAGGCUGAAAUACCGGUGUUACUUCAAGAUAAUGUCAUUGCUACUUUGGUAAACGAAAAUUUUUCCUUAAAAAAUGCUCCAGUCAAACAGAAACGGAAGUUUUCCGAAAGCUAUGCUCCACCCAAAAAGAGAGGAAAGUUUCCCGAGAGCGAUACUUCAACCAGAAAGAAAGGAAAUCCUUCUGAAAAUGAUACUUCAGAGGAGAAUAAACUCACACGCGCCAAAAGCAAGUGUCAAGAACUACGAGAAAAUAGUGAAGAAAACCUUCGGACCGAAGGAAGUUUUCAUUAUGACUAUAGAGAAGAGGUAAUUAGCUGAAGAGAUUUUCCAUGAACCCGUAGCUCACAUCAGGGUCAGACUUGUGGAAUUUGAAUGUCUAUAUCUAGGAGGAUGGAAAUGUAGUUGAAAGCUAUUAUGGAAAUGAUUGCUGCCAUUCGGGAAGAGGCCACUCGUUAAUAUCCAGAUGGAUAUACACAACGGAACAAAAGCUUCUAAGAUGAAAAGUUUCACCAAGUGAAUGCUGAAAUGAUCUAUAAAGCUAGCUCAGGCAUGAAAGAACGCAUUGCGGUUUUAAUGGAAAACUGUCAAUGCUAUGAAUGAGAAAGCAUCUGCUUAUAUAAACAAAACUAGAAAAAUAUUUAGAAAAUAAAUAUAAUAUGCAUGUUAAAGAGUAUUAAUCAAGAUAUUUUUGACUGUAACGAGAAACUCGAUAAAGAAAGCAUCCGCUAUAUAAGAAAAAUUAGUAAAAGAUUUAGAAAAUAUAAAAUAAGAUUUUUAGAGAAUAUUAAUCAAGAAAUUUCUGGCUUUAACGAGAAACUCGAGAAUGAAAUCCAAAAAAUAAUGGGACAUGUUUUGAAUAUAAAGAAACUUUUGACGUAAAUUAAUGAAUAUGUGAUUAACAUGAUUACACAAAAAUAUGAAUAAAUACAUCAUAUAUCCACUGUUUUUGUUCAGAAAAGUUAAGUCCCAAGAAAAUAAAAAUUUGUAAUUCUUGUACUGGGCAACUGAGCGUUUUUUCUUCAGGUAGAGAAACUAAAUAUUUUCUUCUGAUUUCCUUCAUACCUUUCUGUUUAUAAUUAUUGUUAUUUUAUUUUAGUAGAAG